AUGUUACGAUCAGCAAAAAAAAUUAAACUUGAACAUGAUACAUAUGCAAAUAAUCAUCAAAAGACAACUAAACAACAUCCUCAAUCUGGACAAUAUAUGACAUUACGAAUUGAUGAUGAUGGACCAACUAAUGAAAUUCCAUGUCCAUCACCAAUACCAAAUCCAAAUGAACAAUUAAUACCACAAGGUUUAGCUAUUGUUAAUGAUACAACACAGGGUGAAACAGAACGUCAUACUGAAUUUAAUGGUCGAUUUGUUAGUCUUGUUUCUCUAUUACGUGUUAUUAAUACUGUAUAUAGAUCAAAUUUAACAUCACCAAAAUGGAAAAAUUUUCGUGGUUCACGUAUUGAAUGUCAAGAUAAGAUACGUAUAAAUAAUGUUAUUUGGAGAACAUGGCAUCAACAAUAUAAUGGAAAAACUAAAACACUUGUUUGUCGAUUUGUUUCACCACUCGAUGCUCAAACAUCAACAACUCAAAUAAAUCAUCAAUUAAAACAACAAAUUACAAAUAAUUUAAAAGGUGAAUAUAUGAAAUGGAGAAGAUUAAGUUAUAAAACAACAUUACAUCGAACAGACAUUGAUUCAAGGACUGUUGAAGGAAAACAUCUUUGGGGUAAUAUAAGUGAAAUUCAUACAUCAAAAAUAAAUUCAAAUUUUCGUCGUAUAAGAACACCAUCACCAGAUUCAUAUAGUGCAUUAGAUGAUUAUGAUCUAGUUGCUGAUCAAUUACUUUUUUCAACAACAAAUGCAUUUAAUGAUAAAGAUUCUGAUUGCCCACUCUCAGUACUUGGUGGUAAUCCAGAUUUAUAUCAACCAAUUAUGGGACAAUAUUAUUUUGAUUUUCAUACAUUGGAUAUGUUUGAUCCAUUAAAUGAUGAUUUUACUUCACGAUGUAAUAAUGAUUCUCUAUCAACAUUAAGUAAUUAUCAAAAUCAAUCCGAUUUUACAUUAGAUGUAUCAACACAAUCACAACAAGAUUUAAGUAAUUUUCAAACAUUAGUUUCUGUUGCUACAGAACGACCACAUUUAACAAUUGAACAACAAAACAAUAUUAUAAAUCAGAAUAAUUCCAAUAAUAAUGUUCAAAUGAAUGUAAAUAAUAUGAAUUCAAUAGCUAUAUGUAAUAAUAUAGAUUAUCAACCAUUUCAUACUUAUACACAAAAUUUAUCUCAAUCAAUUCGUAAUAAAAAUAAUAAUCAAUUGAAUACCAAUAAUAUUGAAGAAAUAAUGCCUAUUACAAAUAUAUCUAUGACACAAUCAACUAAUAUUGUAAUGAAUACUUCACAAACAUCAUUAUCUCAUAAAUCUAAUGAAAUACGACAACAACAACAACAACAACAACAAACUGAUCUAUCAAUUUGUAAACCACCACCAUCAUCAACUCUUGUUGAUCUUCUAAAACAGAGACGUAGUCCACCAGUAUCAAUGCCAGCAGUAACAACUAGUCAACAAAAACAAAAUUCAAUUGUAAAACAAUCAAGAAAAUCCUCUAAAAAAUCACAAAUACAAAUAAAACGAUUAUCAGCUUCGAAUGAUAAUAAUAUAAGAAAUAUAACAAAUUCAAAUGAAUUAGCUAUAAAUUCUACUUUAACUGGAAGAAGAAAAACGCGACGUGUUGUAUCGCGUUCAACAUCCGAAGAAAUACCUUUAAGUUAUACACAACAACAAUUUCCUAUUCCAACUUCAUCAUCAGCAAGAAAAAAGAAUGCAUCCAUAUCAAAUGAUGCGAUCUUUUUGAAUGGAGAUGGGAUACUCGAUUCUUCUCCAUCGUCAUCAUCAAGUGGUGGACUAGAUGCCGAAAGUAAACGUCGUCGAAAUAUAAAAAAUGGUUUUGAUAAUCUUCGUUUUCUUAUUCCAGAACUAAAUAAUCCCACUAAUGCAAAAAAAAGUAAAGCACAAAUGCUUGAAUGUACUGCUAAUCAAAUUCAACAAGCUACUGAAAUACGUGAUAAAAUGAAAAAUGAAGUUGAUCGAUUACAACAAGAAGAAGAACAAUUAAAAGAAAAAAUUUCACAAUAUCAAGCAAGUUUACCUAUUGAUGGUAUACCUUCUGUACCAACAGCAAAUCGUUCACGUGAAGCAUCAUAUACAUUAUUUCAUUCUUAUGUUGCUGAUCGAACACGAAAACAUUGGCAUUUUUAUCCAUAUUCACUUGUAUUAAAACGUUUAUUUGAUACAUAUCAAAAUACAGUUAAAUGUGAAUCAUCAGAAGAAUUUCAACGUUCAUUAAAUGAAUGGAAAACAAAUUCAUUAACUCUUGUACAAUUACGACAAGCUGCUGCACAAUCUGUUAUGGAUAUGGGACGAACAACAUCUCUCAUAUCAUCACCUGAACAAGUACCAGAAGAAUGUGUUCGUUUAGCAUUAAGUGAUUUCUAG